AAGAAAUAAGUGAAUGAAUAAAAAAAAAAAAAAAAAUGGCUAUUUUACAAAAACGAGGAGAAUUAUGCCAAAGCGUCGCCGACAUAAUUUCCAAAAGUCAACGACAAAUGAAGGAGGAUUUAAUUGUUUAUUAAAAAUGUUUCAAUAUAAAUUGACAUGCUAAAGAAGGAAAACUAUGUAACGAACGAGGACACGGUCUCGUUGGCACGUCUGGGGUGCCACGAGGAAGAAAUUGGCCCUAGAAAAGAGUGGAUAGUUUUGUAGGAUAGACAAUGAACUUCGAGGAGGUGGACACAUUGGAACUCGAAGUCUUCGAGGUAAAAGGCGAUAUCGAUGGAGGUGAACAAUCAAAUGGCACAUCGAAAUCAGAAAGCAAUCUUGAAACAUUGGAAAAUGGUAGUGGAACACGUAAGAAGAAACGAAAACGACGGAAAUUUAAAAAAAAACAUUUAUCCCAACCAGCAAGUAGUCAUAUGGUUUUAAAUUUGCCAUCGUCAUCAACGGAAAUUGAACCUGCUGAUGAAUGUUCAAAGAGAGGUUCAUUGAGUAGUCUUGGUGGUGUAAGCAGUAGACACACCACACUACGUGAAUCAUUAUUGACAGUUUUAGGUAAAUUGGUUGUUUGGAAAGGUACCAGAUAUCGACCAACUCCAACGCCAUCAUCAUCGGCACCACCAAAUUCACCUCCGGCCACUGAAUGUAUCGGUCGAACUACCUUUUUUUCCAGUGAGACGGAAAGGCGAAUUCGUGCAAAUAACCGCGAGUACAAUUCACAAUUCAACUAUGCGAACAAUUACAUCAAGACGUCCAAGUAUUCGGUAUUGACGUUCCUGCCAUUGAAUUUGUUUGAACAAUUUCAAAGGCUCGCCAAUUUUUACUUCCUAUGCCUGCUGGUGCUUCAGAUGAUCCCUGCUAUAUCUUCUCUAACCCCAAUCACCACAGCCAUACCUCUUAUUGGGGUACUCACGCUCACUGCCGUCAAAGAUGCCUACGAUGAUUUUCAACGACAUAGCAGCGAUUCGCAAGUUAAUAAUCGAAAAUCACGAACUUUACGAGGCACAAACUUACGUGAGGAAAAAUGGUCUCAAGUCCAAGUUGGAGAUGUGAUUAGAAUGGAAAACGAUCAAUUUGUAGCAGCCGAUGUUCUCCUUCUUUCAACCAGCGAGCCUAAUGGUCUCUGUUACAUUGAGACUGCUGAAUUGGACGGGGAGACAAAUCUUAAGUGCCGACAGUGCUUAGCCGAGACGUCAGAAAUGAUGGAUAAUCAUGAAUUAAUUGGCCAAUUUGAUGGUGAAAUCAUUUGUGAAACGCCCAAUAAUUUGUUGAACAAAUUUGAUGGCACGCUCUUAUGGAGAGGAAAAAAGUACGCUUUAGAUAAUGACAAAAUUAUUUUGCGUGGAUGCGUGCUAAGAAACACCCAAUGGUGCUAUGGUAUGGUAAUCUUUGCUGGCAAGGAUACCAAAUUAAUGCAAAACUCAGGGAAGACCAAGUUUAAAAGAACCUCCAUAGAUAGACUGCUGAAUUUGCUCAUCAUUGGGAUAGUGUUCUUUUUACUUUCCUUGUGUUUAUUUUGUAUGAUUGGCUGUGGUAUUUGGGAAAGUUUAGUUGGACGUUACUUUCAAGUGUAUUUACCAUGGGACUCGCUUGUACCAAGUGAACCAUAUGCGGGCGCGACAGUUAUUGCUUUUCUUGUUUUUUUUUCAUACGCCAUUGUUUUAAAUACAGUUGUCCCAAUAAGUUUAUAUGUUAGUGUUGAAGUUAUAAGAUUUGUACAAUCAUUUCUAAUUAAUUGGGAUGAAGAAAUGUAUUAUGAGCCAACAAAUACACAUGCUAAAGCAAGGACUACAACAUUAAAUGAAGAAUUGGGCCAAAUUGAAUAUAUAUUCUCAGAUAAAACGGGAACACUAACGCAAAAUAUUAUGACCUUUAAUAAGUGUUCUAUAACUGGGAAAUCAUAUGGAGAUAUUGUUGAUCAAGUUACUGGAGAAAUCAUUGAUCUUACUGAGACGGGCAAAGCUGUGCAGAUGCCAAUUAUCAAGUGGAAGAAUGGACAUGAAUUUGUCCGUCAAGUGUACACUCCUAUUAGUGGCGCAGACACUCAUCUUCUUGGACAAGACGAUAGAAUAUCCAAUUCAACACCUGAAUCAAUCAUCAAUGGUGUUACAAAAAUUUCUCCUAAACUUUCAACGAUACCUCCGAUAGAUUUUUCAUUUAACAAAGACUAUGAACCGGAAUUUAAAUUUUACGAUAAACAAUUACUCGAGGCAGUGAAACGAGAAGAUUCAGAUGUACAUAGUUUUUUUCGUCUACUUGCAUUAUGUCAUACUGUUAUGGCGGAGGAGAAAAACGGUCAUCUUGAAUAUCAAGCUCAAUCACCUGAUGAGGCGGCACUUGUUUCGGCGGCGAGAAAUUUUGGUUUUGUUUUUCGUGAAAGAUCACCAAAUAGCAUUACAAUUGAUGUAAUGGGAAAACGUGAAAUAUAUGAACUACUUUGUAUAUUAGAUUUUAAUAAUGUUAGAAAACGAAUGUCUGUGGUACUGCGUAAAGAUGGCUUUAUUAGAUUAUAUUGUAAGGGGGCCGAUAAUGUUAUUUAUGAACGUUUAAAACCAGGAAGUGAUGAGGUAAUGACUAAAACACAGGAGCAUCUUAAUAAAUUUGCCGGUGAAGGUUUAAGAACAUUGUGCCUUUCCGUAAGGGAUAUCAACGAAUGCUUUUUUAAUGAUUGGAAACAACGGCAUCAUGAUGCAGCGCUCAGUCAUGAAAAUCGUGACGAUAAAUUAGACGCAAUUUAUGAAGAAAUCGAAAGGGAUAUGACAUUAUUGGGAACAACUGCUAUUGAGGAUAAACUUCAGGACGGCGUACCGCAAACAAUUGCCAAUUUGGCAUUAGCUGGAAUCAAAAUUUGGGUAUUGACUGGCGAUAAACAAGAAACGGCAAUCAAUAUUGGUUAUUCGUGUCAGUUAUUAACGGACGAUCUCACGGACGUUUUCAUUGUAGAUGCAAUCACUUACGACGGAGUGGAAACUCAGUUGACACGGUAUCUUGAAACAAUAAAAGCAGCUUCCAACAAUGAAAAUAAGCCGACACUAUCCAUCGUUACAUUCAGGUGGGACAAGGAAAGUGAAGCAGAUUAUAAUGCUACUAGAGACGAGGUUGACGAUCACGAAAUGGAACAAGCUGCGUGUUUCGCGAUAGUAAUUAAUGGUCACUCCCUCGUUCACGCGCUGCAUCCUCAACUAGAACAACUCUUUUUAGAUGUUUCCAGUCAAUGCAAAUCGGUAAUAUGCUGUCGAGUAACACCAUUACAAAAAGCAAUGGUAGUUGAAUUAAUUAAAAAAAGUAAAGAAGCAGUAACAUUGGCAGUUGGCGAUGGAGCUAAUGAUGUGUCAAUGAUAAAAACAGCUCAUAUUGGCGUUGGAAUUAGCGGACAAGAAGGAUUACAAGCAGUAUUGGCCUCAGAUUAUUCAAUAGGACAAUUUAAAUUUUUGGAGAGACUAUUACUUGUUCAUGGACGAUGGUCAUAUUACAGAAUGAGCAAGUUUCUUAGAUAUUUUUUUUACAAAAAUUUCGCUUUUACCUUAUGCCACAUUUGGUUUGCAUUCUUCUGUGGAUUUAGCGCACAGACUGUUUUCGAUCCAAUGUAUAUUUCCGUGUACAAUUUGUUUUAUACAUCAUUACCAGUUUUGGCUGUUGGUAUAUUUGACCAGGAUGUUAACGACAAAAACAGUUUAAUGUAUCCGAAGUUGUAUACCCCGGGACACCAAAAUUUAUUAUUUAAUAAAAAGGAAUUCUGUUGGAGUGCUGUUCAUGGUUUUUAUGCAAGCUGUGUACUCUUUUUGGUGCCUUAUGGGACAUACAAAGACGGAGUAUCGCCGAAAGGCUAUGUACUUUCGGAUCACAUGCUGCUGGGCAGCGUUGUGGCCACAAUAUUAGUCAUUGUUGUGACUAUUCAAAUAGCCCUAGACACAUCAUAUUGGACAAUUGUAAAUCAUUUUAUGGUGUGGGGUUCACUUUUUUCCUAUUUUGUAAUGGAUUAUUUCUAUAAUUAUGUUAUUGGAGGCAGUUACGCUGGCAGUUUAACGAUGGCAAUGUCGGAGGCAACAUUUUGGUUCACAACACUUAUAUCGUGCAUUAUUCUUGUUAUACCAGUGCUUUCGUGGCGAUUCUUCUUUAUUGAUGUAAGACCCACUUUGUCCGACAGAGUGAGACUGAAGCAAAGAUUAGCACAAUUGCGCUCACGACAAAGUCAAGAUGUAUUGCGCACACCAUCAACAAGAAGAACGCGUCGCUCAAUAAGAUCGGGCUAUGCGUUUGCACAUCAAGAAGGUUUCGGACGACUUAUUACAUCGGGCAAAAUUAUGCGCAAAUUGCCUAAUGGUUCAGACUUUAAAUUUUCUAUGCCAUUUACGAAUAAUGUUACAAAACAAAUUAAUAUUUCCUCCACAUCACCAAAAGAGAGUGCAUCCAAAAAUUCACAAUCCCUGGACACUGUUAAUCUAUAAAAAAAAAUUUCAUUUUUCAAAAAUAUUUCGAUUAGCCCAAAAAAAAAUGCACAAUUUAUUUUUAAAAAAAAAGCAAUUGGAAUUUUAUUUACAAGAAAUUAAAUUUUCUCUAAAGCACAAUUUUUUUCCAGAGAAAAUAAAAACUUAAAGAAACUUUAAAAAGGAAAAAAAAAAAAAAACGAAACCAGUAUUAUUUUUCGUCACUAAUUUUUGAAUCUAGUAACUAGAUAAAAAAAAAAGAUAUUAUUUAAUAAAGAUUUUUAUUUUUAUAAUGGUAUUAAUUUCUUUUUUAAGUUCGUUAUUUGAAGAAAAAAUAAGGAACAAAAAAUAUUUUACAAUUUGUAAAUUAAAAAAAAAAAAAUUUAUUGAUUUUUAUUAUAUAGAUAAAAUAUGUACAUAAUAAUUAUAUGACACACUUAAAAAAAAAAACAGUGACAGUUGUUCAGGGAUUUUAUUUUCUUUUUUUGAUUUUCCUAAUUACUAAUAUUCUAAAGAAUAUUAAAUAUACAAUUUAAAAAAAAAAAAGAAAUAAAAGUUACAUUAAUAAUUGCCUUUAUAAAAUAUUAAUACAAGAAACAAAAAAAAAUUGUAUUAUAUAGCAUUGAUUGUAAAUAUUUUAAAAGAAAAAAAAGAGAGAGAAAUAUAUAUAUAUAUACAUAUAUA